AUGCCAGCUUUUACUCCAAGGAAAAGGAAGCAACGGUCUUCCAACGGUGACAACCUGUUGUCAGAACUGCCAUCAAAGAAAUCACUUUUGGACUUGAGUGAAAAUACAUUUCUACCUACUAAAAAGCACACUUGCCACAACGGUGAUAAAAACGAAGAAAAGGUGCUUGGCCCUCAGGGUCACUUCAUUUCAAGUCCACACAAAACAGCUGAGAGAAACAGAGUGCCUCCUGCAGACCAAGGCUCGCCUUUUAAAUCUGCUGUGUCUACCGUAUCCUUUUACAACAGAGAUAAGUGGUACCUCAAUCCACUGGAGAGAAAACUGAUCAAAGAGAGUAGGUCCACAUCUUUAAAAACUACUGACGAUAAACCUUUACCAAAUGGCACAGAAGAUGUGCAGAGAAAACCAGUUUACUCCAAGAAGAUGAACAGAAAAACACAGAAGAGUUUAACUGCCAAGCGCCAGCAGGGUUAUAAAUGCAUCAAGCCUGCCUCAAAGAAUUCUAAAAAUUCCAAGCAAACUCGAGUGGCCUAUAAGCCAAUGGUAGAGAAAGAGAAUAAUUGUUGCCCAACUGGAAAUAAUCUGAAUGCACCUCGAGUUCUAAGCCAAAAAGUCAAACCCCAAGUUACACUCCAGGGUGGGGCAGCGUUUUUUGUUAGUAGGAAAAAACCCUCUCCUAGAAAUUUGUCUCUUGAAAAUAAGCCGUUGCUGGAACUCACCCAGAAGAACGUGGCAAAAGAUUCUGAUGUCAGCGUGAAGCAGGUGCCCAAAGAGCUGAACUUGGAACUGCUGAGUGCAGGUGGUAGAAAUGAAGAGAAGCUAGUAAAGAACUCAUUAGCUGGAGUAGUUUCUUCAAAGGAAUGCAAACCUGAGGAAAAGAAGCAUUUUUCUUCAGAGGAUUGUGUUGGUGAGAAUAAGGCAGCUUCUGCUGAGUCCCUUCUCUACCCUAUCUUCAGUGUGUCUUCAACCAGUGCGAAAAGAUCUCUGGUCGAAGAGCAGUCUUCUGUGGGGUCCAUGGUACCCACCAACGUCUUGAAGCAGAUCAGUGCCCCAAAAAGUUCUAAUACCAGAGAUGCAAGUAAAGAAACAAAAGACCAACUUGUCAUUGACGCCGGUCAGAAGUACUUCGGGGCCACUAUGUGCAAGUCCUGCGGCAUGAUCUACGUGGCCUCCAGCCCCGAGGACGAGCUGCAGCACGCCCAGCACCAUCACAGGUUUCUGGAAGGCGUCAAGUACACGGGCUGGAAAAAAGAACGCAUCGUAGCAGAGUAUUGGGAUGGGAAAAUUGUGCUGGUCCUGCCUCAUGAUCCAAGCUACGCCCUCAGGAAGGUAGAAGAUGUUCAAGAACUUGUUGACACUGAAUUGGGCUUCCACCAAGUUGUUCCCAGAUGUCCGAACAAAACCAAGACCUUUCUCUUUAUAUCUGAUGAAAAGAAAGUCGUCGGCUGUUUAAUUGCAGAGCCCAUCAAGCAGGCUUUUCGUGUCCUGUCUGAGCCAGCUGACCCAGGAGCCACUAACUCCAAAGAAUGUCACAGGGCUUGGCAGUGUUCAGACGUGCCAGAACCUGCAGUCUGCGGCAUAAGUAGGAUCUGGGUGUUCAGGCUGAAGAGAAGAAAGCGCAUUGCAAGGCGACUGGUAGACACUCUCAGGAAUUGUUUCAUGUUUGGCUGUUUUCUCAGCACAAAUGAAAUAGCAUUUUCUGACCCGACACCAGACGGCAAAUUAUUUGCAACCAAGUACUGCAACACCCCUAAUUUCCUUGUGUACAAUUUCAGUAGUUAAAGCUGACUUCACUGUUAACACAGUUGCUGUGUGGAGUUGACAGCCCGUCAGCACAUA